AUGCUUUAUGGAUCGGAAGAAGAUGAGCAUGAAAGGCCAACAAUACACCAGGCAUUCGAUACCAUGUUCGAUAAUAAUGAUGGUUUUCCCUUCAUGGUGGGAGGAUCUACAAGUCGGAUCACUCAUCUCCACCCUUCCACAAUCCAAAUAUUUCAGCUAUGGCAAGUAUAUCUCAAUAACGUCAACCCUCUGUUGAAGAUCGGCCACGCACCAACCUUGCAGAAUCAGAUCGUGGAAGCUGGGGCCAAUCUUUCCCACAUUGGCAAACCCCUAGAGGCCUUGAUGUUCUCCAUCUACCUCAUAGCCAUCUCAUCAAUGAUGAACGACGGAGUUCAAACCACGUUUGGAACCUCAAAGAGCGUGUUGUUAGCUCGGUAUCAUGAAGCCUCACAGAGUGCCCUCAUAAAUGCUGGAUUUAUGAGAUCAUGCGAUCUCAUGACCUUGCAGGCUUAUCUUUUAUACCUUCUCAGUGCUGGGCGGUACAUGGACCCUCGUUCCUUUUUCUGCUUGAUUGGCAUAGCGAUACGUGUAGCCACUCGAAUAGGAUUACAUCGAGAUGGCGCUCAAUUUGGACUCUCUCCGUUUGAAACAGAGCAACGAAGACGUCUUUGGUGGCAGCUCGCUUUACUCGACAAGCGCAUUGCAGAGAUGACGGGAUCAGCCAUAACCGCUCUUUCAUCCUCUCGAGCCGAUUGUCGACUUCCCCUGAACGUCAACGAUACAGAUUUGUACAAACAUACCAAGGAACCGCCGAUUUCUUCUUCUUGUGUGACCGAAAUGCUUUUUUGUCUCACUCGCAUUGAGCUUCUAGUCGCUGUUGCCCCUAGUGGCGCGAGGCCUGAACCCUCAAUUGUGAGGAAUAUGCAUAAUAGUAAUAGCGACACCUCGGUUCCACCAUCAACUUCUGCCGAGAGGAGCAAAAAGCCGUCGUCAUUUCAUGCGUUGGAAGAUUAUUGUGCUUAUAUCGAAACUAAAUAUCUCAAACACUGCGAUACCAAGAUCCCUAUUCAGCAUUUUACACUGAUGAUGGGACGAGUAUCCUUGUACAAGCUUCGAGUUGUUGACUUCAUAUGUCGGCGUAUCCCAGCAUCUGAAAUUCCAGAUAAAGAGCGUGAAGCCCUUUUCCUCAUUGCUGUGCAGAUGAUCGAAUGUGAUGAUGAGAUAUACACUAUUGAAAGUCUUCGUGGCUUUCUUUGGUAUACCCACUAUCAAGCUCCCAUGCCUGGCUUUAUUUUUCUUAUCAGUGAACUACGCCACCGUACCACUGGCUCACUCUGUGAGCGUGCAUGGAAAGCUAUCUGCAGCAAUCAUCAUAACCGAGGAAUGAUACGCAAGGUAACAAGUCCCAUGCAUGCCGCUUUUGGGCAAGCUAUGCUUAAAGCUUGGAAUGCCCGUGAACAGGCUGAACUCAAGCAUGGGAAAACUGUAGAACCGCCAGAAUUGAUCCAUUUACUACGGAGAGUUUACAGUUCGAAAGGCAUGGCAUCCCAACAACAGACAGGCUUCACAGAAACUUCAGAGGCUCAGCUUGAGAACUCGAGUCUUUCAAUGAGCACCGCAGUUGCCGAUGUUGAAAGAGAAACCGCUUCAUCGGACAUGAUGUUUGACGGUAGUAUGAUGUUUCCCCCUCUGGAUGGAAUGGGUGAAAUGGAUGGAUCUAGAAUGAUGGAAUAUGGAGAAACAGACUGGUCAUACAUCAUGUCGUCUGAAGCACUUUGUGGGCUUUUUGAUAAUUUUACUGAAAAGCAAUAG